CCUCACUCAGACUAUAUCGCAAUCAUGGGUCUUGAAUACAGCACCGCCAAAUGGCUCGCACCUGCAUCGUUCAUCUACGACUUUGCGCUCCAGCAGUAUGGACUUAACAGCACUCCUUCGAUGAAGCAGAUCAACGACAGAAACAUUUCUUUCUGGAGCCCUCAGCCUUACUUCAUCGGAGGCUUCUUUGCACCUCAGCAGAUUGUACAGAUUGCAUGGUUGUACCGUCUGUGGAAGCUUGAUCCCAGCAAGCCCAAAGAGAAGAGCGAGUUGGACCAGAUUGUCAACUUUGUCCCUUACUACGCCCUCGGUAACUUCUGCAUUGGAACCUGGAUGUUCUUUUGGAAUAGCGAGCAGCUCAAGAUCUCCAACAUGUUCGUUGUCGUCAACUCCCUCAGCCAGCUUUACUUCAUCUUCACCAAGCUCGGCCCCAUGAACACCAAGUCCCUCUCGUCCGUCCUUACGCACGUCAACGCGAAGACCUUUGCCGGUAUUGGUGUCCUCGACUUCCUUCACAACCUCAGUGUUGCAUACUACAAGGAUGCCCUCCCUAGCCCCGCCAUCAAGGCCAUCACCGGCGCCGGUUUCGCCGGUCUCGCUGCCUGCAGCGACUGGAUCUUCGGUGGAUGCCUCGUCUACGAUCUUGUUGCCUUGAGCGUUGGCCAGGCCACCGUGGGCAACCCCGACUGGAGCAAGAUGUUGGGUGGAUUUGCCGUCAUGACUGCCGGCAUUGUUGGCCUGAGAAACUACUUUAUCCCUCCCUACGUCAGUGAGCCCGGAUACGCUCUUGCAGAUGACGAUGACACUUUUGAUGAUCGUGUUUGA